AUGUGGAGUUUUUGUAUACUGUGGGGUGAGUUGCUUAAAAGGCAUGUCUCUUUGUGCUUGUUUCAGGCUAGAGAUGCAGGAAGUACGCGAAAGGCAGAAGGAAGAAGAAGUUUUAGCUCUAAAGCGAUCAAUGGAAGGCGGAAUGGCACAAGCCAUGAAAGAGCAAGCUCGGCUAAAGGAAGAAAUGGUUUACUUAUACAAGAUUGGGGACAUGGAGGGAGCAGCAGCUAUACAGAGAAGGUUGGAUCCAGAUGUUCCUAUGUGAUGUGGAGUUUUUGGUUAUCUUCUCUUACCAGCUCUAAAUUGUGUUCCAAGGUUCGAACUUUUGUAACAUAACGAUCAAAGAAGCACUAAAGCUUUUAUCUCAUAGAUCCCUAAGCAUGAUACUAUUUUGUUUUCUUCGCUUUGGAUUAUUGUUUUAUGACUAUCAUAGGCUGGUCCCAAUUUUGACUAAGUCGGUCAUAGAGAGUCAACAUGUUUGGGGUUCUA